AAAUAUUUUAAUCAGGCACAUAGUGAAGGGAACCUUGGUUAGGGUCCUCGGAAUCGACAUUGCCGCGGUGCACUCUGGAUCCUUCCUUUCGGUCCCAGGCUCGCUAGUGAAAACAUGGGAAAGUGUCGUGGUCUGCGUACAGCCAGGAAGCUCCGUAACCACCGUCGUGAGCAGAAAUGGCACGAUAAACAGUACAAAAAAGCCCAUCUGGGCACAGCCCUGAAGGCUAACCCCUUCGGAGGAGCUUCCCAUGCCAAAGGCAUUGUCCUGGAGAAAGUAGGUGUCGAGGCUAAGCAGCCCAACUCUGCUAUCAGGAAAUGUGUGAGAGUACAGCUCAUUAAAAACGGCAAGAAGAUCACCGCAUUCGUCCCCAAUGACGGUUGCCUUAACUACAUCGAGGAAAACGAUGAGGUUCUAGUGGCAGGAUUUGGACGUAAAGGUCACGCCGUCGGUGACAUUCCCGGAGUUCGUUUCAAGGUGGUCAAAGUGGCCAAUGUGUCCCUGCUGGCACUCUACAAAGGCAAGAAGGAGAGGCCCAGGUCAUAAAAAGAUGGAGCGAGGAAUAAAAUAAAGAAAUUUUGAACUAA